AUGUCAUCCAUUCAUUCAGGGUCCUCUUCUUCCUCAUCUUCCCACUCAGAUUCAACCAAUAACGAAUCGUUAGUCGAUUCCCUCGAUUCCAUGAACACUGAGGAGCACAAUGAGUUAUAUGACCACAGACAACACAAUGAUAUUAUCGCAUCUCAGAUCGAAAACAAUAAUAUUGAGGUUAAUAUGCAAAAUGCCAAUAACUCUGAUGUCAUUAUUGAUAGUGACGAAGUAGAUCCCAAUAUAAGAUUUAUUUCUGAGGAUCAACAAAGGGAAAUGGAUACGACUGAUGCCAUGAGAAGUGAAACAAUCAAUCAACUUAAGAAUUCGCCAUCCUUGGUACCAUCUCAUCGUCGUGAAAGUUUCAGUACAUUACCAACACCUGCAAUUACAAACAAGAACGGGAACACACCACCUUCUAACAAAAAGACCGACAGACUACGUGCGUCAAGCAGGCAGAAGCUUAGCAGUGCUGAAAGUUCAGAUCCAUUCUCUUCUAGAGCAGAUGGAACUGCUGUGAAGCCUGGCGCAACCAUUUCCCCAUUAUCACGACCACGCCGUCAAUCUAGAACACAUUCAAUUUCUGAAAAGAUGCACUCAAAAGUGAGCAAAAAUAAAACAAGAACAGAUUCGAUUGCUUCGUCAAGUUCAGCAAAUCCUAUUCCAUUAUUGGCAAGAUCCUUAUCCCACAAAUCAAUGGACAAUAGAAAUACUGAAAAAAUUAACAAACCAACCGGGGAGGGUGCUAUGCCAACUUCUAGAAGAAGAGAAUCGUUUGAUAGCGAUAACUCUCAAGCCUCUGGUGAAAGUCAAGAAACCGAGGAGGAUGUCUGGUUCCCAUUAUCACCUCAAUUACACACUCGUAUCAAUGGUAUUGAUUUCGAUGAAUUAGAAGAGUUUGCCCAAUCACAAUCUGAGAGAAAUGCUAAUUAUUUGACCACAAUGGCAACUGCACCAGUGACUGGAAACUUCAAUCCUAAUGGAUUAGGCUCAACUUCAACAUCAACAUCUGUUUCUAUGUCAUCAGCUGCUUUGAAAUACACACCAAGACCCUCGGCACAACAACAACUAAACUCAUCCAGUUCCAAUGAAAAUCCUUUGUUUGAACAAUCCCAGGUUUUACCUGAUAACAAAAAGGCGGAAGCAGUAGGCGUUUCAUUUGGUAAUAAUAAGAUUGAAGGUGAAUUUUUUGAUGAAAAACCGAUGAAAUUUGAAGGAACUCAAUUACCAUCUGCUACUAGGUCUGAUAUUGAAUUACAAACCGUCAGCGGUAUUAUGCCUUAUAAUGGUGUACCAUAUGUGGCUCCUGAUCGGUUUUCGUUUUUUAAUUCAAGCUCAGAAGAAACUGUCCAUUCUACAGAUAUUCCUUCUUUAGUUUCCAAGGGCCAAAGUUUCUAUGAUUUAUUCAAGGGCGGCCAACCAACGUGGUGGCUUGAUUGUUCAUGUCCAACUGAUGAUGAAAUGAGAUGCAUUGCUAAAGCAUUUGGUAUCCAUCCUUUGACAGCUGAAGAUAUUAGAAUGCAGGAAACAAGAGAAAAGGUCGAAUUAUUCAAAUCUUAUUACUUUGUUUGUUUCCAUACUUUCGAAAACGACAAAGAGUCUGAAGAUUUCUUGGAACCAAUCAAUGUUUAUAUAGUUGUCUUUAGAUCUGGUGUUAUCACAUUUCAUUUCAACCCAAUAUCUCAUCCAGCUAACGUCAGAAGAAGAGUUAGACAAUUGAGAGACUACGUUGAUGUUAAUUCUGAUUGGAUUUGUUAUGCGCUUAUUGAUGAUAUUACAGAUAGUUUUGCACCAGUGAUCCAAUCUAUUGAAUACGAGGCUGAUGCCAUUGAAGACUCUGUAUUCAUGGCUCGUGAUGAAGAUUUCUCAGUUAUGUUGCAAAGAAUUGGUGAAAGUAGACGUAAGACUAUGACAUUAAUGAGGUUAUUAAGUGGUAAAGCUGACGUUAUCAAAAUGUUUGCAAAGAGAUGUCAAGAUGAAGCGAAAGGUAUUGGUCCAGCUCUAACUUCUCAAAUUAAUAUAGCAAACCUACAAUCUAACUAUAACAGUAAUGCUAAUGUCAAUCAUGCAAGAAGACAUGGUGCUCCAAACCACCAUCAUAUUGCAGCAAUGAAUGCCCAAUCAGAAACGAUGAUGAAUAACCAUAUGGCAAGUCAACCAAGAGCUGAAAUUGCUAUGUAUCUGGGUGAUAUCCAGGAUCAUUUACUGACAAUGUAUCAAAAUUUAGCAGCCUAUGAAAAGAUUUUCUCUAGGUCUCAUUCCAAUUAUUUAGCUCAGUUGCAAGUAGAAUCGUUUAAUUCUAAUAAUAGAGUCACAGAGAUGCUGGGUAAAGUCACCAUGAUUGGUACCAUGUUAGUUCCUUUGAAUGUUAUCACUGGUCUUUUCGGUAUGAACGUUAAAGUGCCAGGUGAAGGUGUUGGUGGUUAUGGUUGGUGGUUUGGUAUUCUUGGUGUUUUAGUAUCCCUUGCAGUUGUUGGUUGGUUUGCAGCUUCUUAUUGGGUUUCACGUAUUGAUUCACCAAAGACUCUAAAUGAGGCUGCUGUGAGUGGGUCCAAAUCAAUCAUUACAAAUUUUUUACCAAGAGGUUAUCGUAAUCGUUCUGCUAGAGAACAUGAAAACCGUAACAAGAACUCCAAUAGAUCAAUUGCCAGUCUACCAACUAGAUACAGUGGCUACCAAUAA